AUGAGUAUGGUCAAUCUGAGUAAAGCAUCUAACUGGUUACAGGUGAUAAACAUGCUCCCUUCUCUAUCAGAGUUACGCUUGUCUUAUUGUAAUCUUGAUAAGUAUGAUCCUAUUCCUCGUGUUAAUUUUUCAUCUCUAACCGUUCUUGAUCUUUCAAAUAAUUGGUUUUCUAAUUCAACAUUUGACUGGCUUCAUAGUUUAACAUCUCUUGUGACACUUGAUCUAAGUAGCAAUCACAUUCAGAUUGCACUUAUAGAUGUUGUCCAAAAUAUGUCUUGUCUGAGAAAUCUAUAUCUCUCUCAUAACAACAUCUCUUCCACAGUGCUUAACUCGUUAUACAAUAUAAGUACUCUUGAAAGACUUGAUCUUGCCUAUAACAACAUUCAAGGUGUACUUCCUAGUGCCAUUGGAUCUCUUUCCCGACUGAUGCAUCUUGUCCUGUCUAACAAUGGCUUUCAAGGCAAAAUACCAAGAUCCUUUGGAAAUUUGUGUAAUCUGCAACAUUUGGAUUUAUCUGGCAACAAACUUGAGGGAGGUUUAGAGUUUUUAGGAAAUUCUUCUGCAUGCACAACAAAAAAUUUAGAGUUUUUAGAUUUGUCUUCCAAUCGGCUUUCAGAUACUUUGCCUGAUCAACUAGGGAAGCAUAAAAAACUCUUUUUUCUUUCACUUCAAAUGAACAUGCUUUCUGGUCCGAUUCCUGUGUCUAUAGGAAAUCUGUCUUCAUUGAGGAGACUUUUUCUCUCUUACAAUCAACUAACUGGAACGAUUCCAGUAAGUUUUGGACAUCUUUCAAAUCUUGAAGAGUUACACAUCAACGACAAUUUUUUAGAGGGUUUUGUUUCCGAAGUGCAUUUUUCCAACCUAACAAAUUUGAGAAUUCUGGUUGCCAAUUCAAACAUGUUGACUUUGCAAGUAAGCUCUAAUUGGGUUCCUCCUUUUCAAAUUAAUCAUUUAGCAAUGGGAUUAUGGCGAUUAGGACCGCGAUUCCCUGCUUGGCUUCAAUCACAAAAAGAUCUUCAAUUUCUAUAUUUAUGGAGUGCAAGUAUUUCAGAUGUCAUCCCUUCUUGGUUUUGGAGCAUGUGUUCCCAAUUCAUUAUGUUGAAUCUUUCUCAAAACCAAAUUCGUGGUAGUCUUCCAAGUUUAUCUUGUGGAGGUACAAUCGAUCUUGGUUCAAACAACUUUUCUGGUCCUCUCCCCAGUAUCUCUUCUGGCAUUACGUAUUUAGAUCUUUCCAAUAACUCAUUCCAUGGAUCUCUUACUCCCCUUGUUUGUGAACUGAAAGAUGGAAAGUCAAAUCUGCAAGUUCUUGAUCUGUCAAAAAAUCUUUUAUCCGGAGAACUUCCUCACUGUUGGACGAAGCAUUCUAAGUUACGAGUGUUAAUCUUGGGGAGCAAUAAGCUCACAGGAAAUAUAUCGAGUUCCUUGGGUUCUUUAUCUGCGCUUCAGCUUCUGUCUUUGAAUAAAAACAAUCUGUCUGGAGAUUUACCAUUGUCCCUGCAAAAUUGCAAAGAUCUAGAGAUUGUUGAUCUUAGUGAGAAUCAUUUGUCUGACGACUUAUCCAUUUGGUUGAGAAACAGUUCAGCUCGUCUUAGGGCUCUUGUGCUUCGCUCAAACAGGUUUCAUGGUAUUAUUCCUCUGGAGAUCUGUCACUUCAAUUCACUUCAAAUCAUGGACCUUUCACAUAACAAAUUCUCCGGAUCCAUUCCGCGAUGCUUUGGCAAUUUGAGCGCCAUGGUGAGACAAGUCUCUAGUACAAAUACACUUGCUGGUCAGGCAAAAGUAUUCUUGAUAAUGAAGGGAGUAGAAUAUGAAUAUAACAAGUUACUUGAUCUUGUCACAAGCAUGGACCUCUCGUGCAACAAUUUAAUUGGAGAGAUCCCUGAACAACUCACCGGUCUUUAUGACCUGAGAUUCUUGAAUUUGUCCAACAAUAAACUCAAUGGAAAACUUCCAGAGAAGAUCAAUGCCAUGAAAUUAUUGGAAUCUCUCGAUAUUUCAGUGAAUCGACUCAGAGGUGUAAUACCUCAAGGCAUGGCGAGUUUAACAUUCUUGAGUCAUUUGAACUUAUCAUACAACAACUUCUCUGGCAGAAUUCCCUCAAGCACUCAGCUUCAAAGCUUUACUGCACUAAGUUUUAUUGGCAACCAUGAUCUAUGUGGUCCUCCACUUACUCCUAGUUGUGUUGGAGAUGACUCACCCCUUGAGCCAACACCAAACGCUGAUGAUAAAGGCGGCGAGAAUGGUGGGUGGAUCGACAUGAAGUGGUUUUAUAUGAGCAUGCCACUUGGAUUCGUGGUGGGGUUUUGGGGUGUAUUUGGUCCAUUAGCUUUCAACAGGGCUUGGAGAUCUGCUUUCUUUAAGUUUUUGGAUGACAUGAAGUAUAAACUCUUCAAUGGUGUCUGA